CAUGGCUUGUAUGCUGCGGUUAAAAUCAAUCAAUACACUUGCGAUCAUUCGCAACUCGGGGAAAACUGCUCAGUGUAAUAUUCGCGUCUCUGGGCCAAGGCAGUUUAUAUCGUUCAGUGUGGAAAUAACAAACCGAAAAAAACUGCUCUUGAUGGUGCAUGUUUAACUUACAGAUUACCAAAUUUAAAAACAGGACGAGUGAAGGCUAGACAUCGUAGUUUAAUCACUGGUGCCAUUCAAUUGUGAAAAGCAAAGGUGUUAGUGAGGUGGAGAGAAAGAGGGAGGGAGAGAUAUAUAUAGAGAGGGAGAGAUAUAUAUACAGAGAGAGGGAGAUAGAGCAAGGGAGGUGCUUUAUUAUAACUAUACUGCUGUGCAUAUAGGGAAUGCAUGUUUUGAGUUUCUGAGUGUUCAGUGAAGUCAUCAUGAUGGUGAACUCUUGGUGUGGACUCUAACACGCGAAUACGUUGAGAGAUCGGUCACCAAUUUUCAUCAUGGCGACAGAAGGGACAUAUAUUCUGGGCCAUAGUCAGACCCUGUCCGACUUCUCUGAGACGAGCAGUAUAAGUGACACACGCCACCUGGUGGAGGAUAAGGAUGAUGGGAAACCACGGAGUAACAUGCCCAUGACCAGCUUUAAUUUCAUCAACUCCAUUAUUGGCUCGGGAAUCAUAGGUAUUCCAUUCGCAUUACGUCAAGCUGGAUUUGGUUUAGGAAUAAUAUUAGUUAUAGGUGUUGCCCUAAUUACAGAUUUCUCUAUUUUCCUCUUGAUAGAAGCAGGACACCUGUCUAACACAGACACCUAUCAGGACAUGGUGCUUGUAGCCUUUGGAAGACCCGGUUUCUACAUAUUGACUGUUCUGCAGUUUGUUUAUCCUUUUAUCGCCAUGGUGAGCUAUAAUGUGAUCAUUGGUGAUACAGUUACAAAAUUUGUUCUCUGGUGUGGUGGAGAAGGUGAAACGUUAGCCCAUUCUGUGUUGGGGAAUCGCCAGUUCAUCAUCUUUCUGUCCACCUUGUUCAUUACUCUUCCAUUGUCUUUGUAUAAAAAUAUUGUUAAAUUGGGCAAGUGGGCAUUUUUGUCUAUUGUGUUGAUAGUUUUCAUCUUGAUCAGUAUCAUAGUCAAACUUGCCAUUUUUGCCAAAGACAUCCCACCCACCCCAGAUGCCUGGCAAUUUGCCAAUAUAAACAUAACACAAGCUAUUGCAAUCAUGGCUUUUGCCUACAUGUGUCACCACAACACCUUCCUGAUUCACUCGUCACUGGAGAACCCAACACAUGAACGGUGGGGGUUCGUCACCCACUUCAGCGUGCUCUUCGCGAUGGUCAUGCUGUUAGUACUGGGAAUUGUCGGAUACGUGUCUUUCACAGGGCUCACACAAGGUGAUCUUCUAGAAAACUAUUGCCAUGACGACAUUCUGAUGAACGUGGCUCGUGUCGCCUUUGCCGUCACCAUCAUGUUGACCUACCCAGUGGAGUGCUUCGUCACACGAGAUGUUAUAGAAAAUGCUGUAUUCCCAUCAAACCCAGACCCACCCAUGUGGCGCCACGUCACAAUUACUAUCCUCAUUGUGUUCUUCACGGCUGUGGUUUCCAUGGCAACAGACUGUCUCGGCAUAGUGCUUGAACUCAAUGGAACAAUUGCCGCAGCUCCUCUUGCGUACAUCAUCCCGGCAGUAUGUGUGAUCCGUCUGCGCCAGGAGGCGUUUCUGUCGAGGGGAAACAUCGGCCCCAUCCUCGUCGCUCUGUUUGGCAUCUGCGUGUGCGUCAUUGGCUUCAUCAUGGCCAUGGUGAACCUGGCGAAGGGAUUGACCUGCAGCCACGGCCAGGAGAUGCCAUACUGCAUCCACAACAACCUGACGUCUGCUGCACAGUCCAUUCUUGGGAACCACACUAACUAUGCCAGGUCUCACUCGCUGUUUCCAACUUAAUUGAGAGUUUUAUUGUAGGAGAUACAAAUGAAGAUGGUUGUUUAUUGAGAGGUGCAAUGGGUGAAAAUUAAGACAAGUUUCUUUCCAUUGGUGCACUUGAGGGAUCAUGAAUAUGAUACUUAGUGACUCAAGUUGGAAGGCUUAUGAAAUAUCAGUUUUGCAUUGGUGAGAGUGUUGUGGGUACAUUAAAGAAAAACUAAAUAUGUAACUGUGACAGAAAAUAGGUUUCUAGCUGUCAAACAUUUAGGCUGGGAAAGAUACAGCUAUCACAAAAUGUAAAUUUAUUAAUGCUCUGGUAUAAAAGUUCAAAUAACUUGGGACUUGUUCUAUAGGAUAUUUUUAGACCAGAGCAAACAAUUAAAUAUCCUUAUGGUUAUUGGCCUAGCCAGGAAUUUAUAUUGGGGGGGGGGGGGGGAGGCUAACUGCACUAUCUAGAUGUGUUGUGUUAUGUGACGUGGUGGGGAAUAAAAGAGAACUGUGAUUGGUGGGGGUAUCAUUAUGACCUCUACUGGCCAUGCCUGUGCUUAAGGUUGACCAGAUGUAUAUUAAACACCAUGUUUUAUCAUCACAAAUGAAAAUCUUCAUACUAUGAGCUAUGUUGUUAGAUAGUAUACUUACAAUAAUAUAUAAACAUGGUAUUAUUAAUUAAUGUUCCCUUUGGUGGUCCAAAAUAACUUGGCAUCAUGUACGUCUUAUACCUGAAACAAACUACUCAAUAUGUAGGUCAAGUUCUCCAUUUCUUUGUGUUGUGGAGAGCCUUUGAAGAUGACUGUGUGGUGUAUGGCAGAAACAAAAAAUGAGAUUGGAAUUGAUGUACAUUUGUAUGUGAUAGUUUAGUUUUUCAAACUACAAGACAGGGCCCCAUUUUAUGAAGUGAUCUUAGCUUUAAAAUCACCUGAAGUGCAUAAGGUGCACUUAAGGUGAUCUUAGCGCUAAGAUCGCUUUAUAAAAUGGGCCCCUGGGCUUUAAUGUGAAACCCAUUUAAUAUUAAUGUUCAAUAUUAGUAUAUGGGGGAUGUUGUUAUUAUAUUGUUGAUAACUUAUUAAGGCUUAGAGGUUAAAGAUAACUUUUAUUAUAAAGUAAAGAUAAAACCAAAAACCAAAAAGUGUUGCCAAAUUGUAGUCAGAUAUCAGAAGGUGACAUUAUGUAUGUCUCAUUCCCAAUAAAGGCUAUGUCAUUUAAAAAAAAA